AGUGCAAACCACCCAGCCAUCACACCUACCUGUAACUCUACCACCAUGCUGGACUCUGAGCUGAUUCUGGUGGCUCUGCUGGCCUGCCUGAGUGGGAUGGUGUUGACGUCUGUCUGGAAGCAGAGGAGUCUCCAGGGGAAGCUGCCUCCAGGUCCCACUCCACUGCCCUUCAUUGGAAACUUCCUGCAGCUGGAAAAGAAUGAGAUGUACAACAGCCUCAUGAAGAUUUUACAGGUUCAGCAGCUGGUUUCUCACCAGAAAUUCCAGGUCUUGGGAUUUUAACCCCUUGUCAGAGUCUUGGGGAAUUGCAACCCAGACCGUGACAUGAGGGAACUGGACCAAUACAGGGAAUGAGCCCUCUAACCAACACACCCACCCGCAACAGAUGAGCAGAAACUACGGCCCCGUGUUCACCAUCCACUUGGGGACUUGUUGAGUUGCGGUGUUGUGUGGAUAUGAUAUGGUUAAGGAGUCGCUGGUGGAUCAGACUGAGGAGUUCAGUGGGAGAGGCCAGCAGGCCACCUUUGACCACCUCUUCAAAGGCUAUGGUGUGGCCUUCAGCAACGGGGAGCGCACCAAGCAACUCAAGCGCUUCUGCCUCCAUGUGCUGCGGGAACUGGGUGUGGGGAAGCGGGGCACUGAGCAUCGCAUCCAGCAGGAGGCAGACUUCCUCAUCGAGGCCCUGCAGAGCACACGCGCCAAGGUCCGUGAGGAGACUGACCAGGUGAUUGGCAGGAACCGGCAGCCCAGCUGUGGGGACCGAACAAAGAUGCCCUACACACAGGCAGUGAUCCACGAAAUACAAAGAUUUGCAAAUGUGGGCCCCUUUGCCAUGGCUCACAGGGUCACCAAGGACACCAGGUUUCGGGACUUCUUCCUACCCAAGGGCACUGAUGUGAUCUAUAUGCUGGGCUCCCUGCUGAUUGACCCCAGGAUCUUCUCCACACCUGACGACUUCAAGCCCCAGCACUUCCUGGAUGACAAGGGGCUGAAGAAGGUUGAUGCUCACGUGCCCUUUUCCAUGGGAAAGAAGAGCUGCUUGGGAGAAGGCCUGGCUACGAUGGAGCUCUUUCUCUUCCUCACCUCCAUCAUGCAGAACUUCUGUUUCAAGUGUUCCCCGGAACCCCAGGACAUAAAGUUGUCCUUGAAUCACGAGGAUUUUGCCAGGGUCCCACCAAACUUCACCAUGAGCUUCCUGCCACGCUGAACCAGGGCUGUGCCAGGGCAGGGUGAGCAGGCCCAGUGAGGGGUGGGAAGGAGCCAGGGGAGGGUCCAGUGGGAGGGGUGGGACUAGGGGAAGUGGUGACUAGGAGCAGGAAAGAGGGGAACAGGUGGUGGGAGAAGGAAGAGAACAGACUACUCAUCUAGCUAGAGACAGAUGCUUAAGUGCUGGGACGGGGGCCAGGGGAACCUCACACUGCUGUGACCAGUGAAUAAUACCAGUCAUGAUACAUUCACCAACUAUUCUGUGUCA